AUGGGCUUCUUUGGGAAGAAGGACGCUUCUGGCGAUAUGACGGGAAAUGUCGAUGCCAUUGUCGCGGCCCCAGGGUCUGACCCAGAAAAGCAACAAGUCGCACAUGAUGAGGAAUUCCGCACAGCACUUCCGCAAGUUCCCCAGACGGUCACCAUUGACCCCGCGGUUGAAGCCCGCUUGGUGAGGAAGUUGGAUUUGCGGGUUCCAACUCUCUUAGGGUUCCUGUAUCUUCUUUCCCUCCUAGAUCGGAGCAACAUCGGAAAUGCCAAAAUCGCGGGAAUGGAAGAAGACUUGCAUCUUACUGGGAAUCGCUAUACAUGGCUCUUGACGAUCUUUUACAUAUCCUACACGUUGUUCGAGUUCUUGGCUUUGAUGUGGAAAAUCAUGCCACCCCACCGAUGGGCAGCCAUCACAGUCAUGUCCUGGGGCAUUGUUGCGACCUGCCAAGCUGCGACGCAGAGCUGGGGUGGGAUGAUGGCUCUCCGCUUUCUGCUUGGGAUGUCAGAGGCAGCUUUCGGGCCGGGUUCUCCCUACUUGCUAUCCUUCUUCUAUCGUCGUCAGGAACUCGGUCUCCGUUGUGGUAUGUUUUUAUCAGCCGCUCCUCUGGCAAACACUUUUGCCGGUGCUCUCGCGUAUGGAAUUACCUCCGGACAUGCCAAGAUCGCCAAUUGGCGGUUGUUGUUCCUCGUCGAGGGAAGUCCGUCACUUGUGGCCGCCUUCCUGGCGUGGUUCUACUUGCCCGAUCACCCGGCAUCUGCUCGCUUCUUGACUGAAGAAGAGAAGGCAGUGGCACGCGCUCGAUCGCUCCGACGCAGUGGUGAAAGUGAGCGGGUCACCGGCAUCAACUGGAAAGAACUGUGGCAGACAUUGUGGGAUGCCAAGGCAUGGCUCACUGCGUUGAUGUACUUCAGCUGCAAUGUGAGCUUCUCGUCACUGCCUGUCUUCCUUCCCACGAUUCUCCAAGACAUGGGGUUUACUUCGAUUAAUGCUCAAGGCCUCACUGCCCCGCCGUUCUUUGCCUCAUUUCUCGUUACGAUCGCCACUACCUGGCUAGCCGACCGAAUUCAGCAGCGCGGCUUGGUGAUCGCUUUAUUUUCGCUGAUCGGUGCGGUUGGAUAUGUGCUGCUUGCGACCUGUACCUCCGUUGGUGUACGCUACUUUGGCGUGUUCCUGGCUGCUAUAGGAGUUUUUCCCUCGAUCGCGAAUAUCCUUCCUUGGGUUUUGAAUAACCAAGGGUCGGAUAGCCGACGCGGAAUGGGUAUUGUCAUUCUCAACAUCAUCGGCCAGUGUGGUCCCUUCCUGGGAACCAAUGUCUUCCCAUCGAGUGAUGCACCUCGCUACAUUCGGGGACAGUCGAUCUGUGCGGCCUUUAUGUUCUUCACCGUGAUCCUUGCACUGUCUUUGCGCACAUUGCUGGUCUGGGAGAACCGCCGUCUGGACAAGAAGUAUGGCACGGCAGCUGAGAGAGCGGAGCAGACAACUUCCAAGGAGAAUUUCACUCAUGGAGAGGAAAACUAUGGUGCAGGAUUCCGAUAUGUGCUUAAUGGUAUCCGGUUUUCCAUAACGGAUCUCUCUCCCCCCUCUGCACGGAUCAUGCCGAUUGUGUUUCAAGAUCGAGCUGGGAUUUCUCUCUACGAUGCACAGUUCUCUACUACCACCACAACCACCUCCGAAGGCACAAGAGGGCCGAUUCCCGACGCUAUUAUUGAACAGGUCGUGGAUCGUCUCUCACAGUUUCAAAGCACGUGUACGGAUUUCCAGGUGCCACGGGAGAAUAUCUAUGUCCUCGCGACGGAAGCGACCCGGACGGCGCCGAAUUCGGAGGCGUUCCGGGCGCGGAUUAAAGCAGUGACGGGGUGGGAGGUUCGGUUGUUGUCGAAGGAGGAUGAGGGAAGGAUUGGGGCGCUGGGGAUCGCGAGUAGCUCUGCGGCGGUGGCGGGGGUUGCGAUGGAUUUGGGGGGUGGGAGUACGCAGAUUACGUGGGUGAUGGAGCGGGAUGGGAUGGUGAGGACGAGUCCGAAGGGGUCGUUUAGUUUUCCGUAUGGGGCGGCGGCGUUGAUGAAGAGGUUGGAGAGGGCGCAGGAGGUCGGCGGGGGGGAGGCAGUGGGGGAGGUGAAGGAGGAGAUGAGGAGGAAUUUUUGGGAUGCGUAUCGACGGUUGGAGGUUCCUGAGGAGUUGGUGGAGAUGGCGAAGAGGAGGGGAAGGUUUGAUUUGUAUCUCUGUGGUGGGGGGUUCAGAGGUUGGGGAUAUGUGCUGAUGAAGCAGUCCAAGGUUGAGCCGUAUCCGAUUCCCAUUAUCAAUGGAUUUCGGGUCAAGAGGGAGGAUUUUCAUGAUACCGUGUCGGUGUUGGAUGUGGUGUCGGAUUCGGAUGAGAAGAUCUUUGGCGUGUCGAAGAGACGUGCAUCGCAGAUUCCGGCCGUGGCGGUCCUGGUCAAUGUGAUUAUGGAUGCCUUGCCGGAGAUUACCCAUAUUCAGUUCUGUCAGGGCGGUGUUCGUGAGGGGUUUCUGUUUGAUCGAUUGCCGAGUGAGGUCCGCGCUCAGGAUCCCCUGCUGGCGGCGACGAUGCCGUAUGCGCCUCCGUCAGCGAAUGCGAUCAGGGAGUUACUGCAGUCGACGCUGCCGACCUCGUCCUCGCCUAUCGGGUCGGUUCACCCUCCGCCGUCUUUCACGUCGAACUUGGUCGCGGCGAUUGCAAACCUGCUCUAUGCGCACUCGCAAGUCCCGCGGGAGUCUCGCUCGGCGGCGGCGUUGCACAGCACGACCACGGGGAUGCUGGCCUCAACGAACUGUCUCUCGCAUGUUGAACGAGCUCUGAUUGGACUCGUGCUGUGUGAGCGCUGGACGGGGGACCUCGCGCCCAUGGACCAGGCGUAUCAUCAACAACUGACCCGGUGUCUUUCCGCGCAGGAGGUCUGGUGGUGUCAGUAUCUGGGUCGGGUGGCUGUCAUCGUGGGUGAUGUGUAUCCUGCAGGCCGGGUGUCGGAGACGCAGUGGCGGAUCCGUUUCGAAACGGAGUGGGAAUCCAUUGUGAAGAAGAAGGAAACUUGCGACUUGCUGCGGUUGAACGUGAGACGGAAUGAUGUUGCUGCGGGUGCGACGUCAGUGCUACAGGAUAUCUUGCAGGAGAGGGCGGAGAAGGUCGAAAAGGCUGGGAAGAGGAAGAACUGGGUACAGGAGUACGGUGUGCGGAUUGGGGUAAGUAUUUGCUGA